AUGUCCAGAGGACCAGCUGCUGAGGAUGCAGAUGUAUCCCUUUACCUGCAUGCCGAGCUGCUCCCCAACAUCCGCCAAAUUACCCUUUACAUCUCACUUCCUCAGACUCCAGCUUUAACUGGGAUCCAGCCGGAGAUUCAGCUCUCAGGGUCGCGAAAAGCAGUCACCGUAACUUUACAUAAGCCAUUUGACCAUGUGUCUGAGACGAUCAAGCUGCCGACGCGCGUCAGUGACGCGACUUGGCGAACGCUGAAUGCCAAAACAGCCCCAUCGGCACCUUCGAAGCCGGGGCAGUCUACCGCAUCCGGCCAUGACUAUUCAUUCAGAAUGCAGAUUGAUCCAAGUGAACAGGCCUCAGCGCCUCGUGAUGAACUAACUGAUGACCACGUGCCUUGGACAGCAGCAGACAUGUCUUCUUCAACAUGCAUUCGAUGCCGUGCGUGCGGCACCGCCUUCCUAAAUGAGUCCAUUCUCCAGGAAUCCUCGGUAAACGAGGGAUUGGACACCCACCAAGGGUGGGUCUGGAAGGACCUUCCAAGUGGGAACUGGGCCGAGAUGAUGGACUUCUGGCACUGCCACAAGCCCGAUCCCCACGAGGACGAUACGAAAGAUGAAGCUACCAUAGCUCUCAGGAUUGAGGAGCAAAAUGCUCAAGUCAAAGGCUACGGAGCGUCAAGUCGAGUAGAAGCGAUACCAGGAAAUGUCCUCAUUGACGUGGCCACCUUCUUACUCGCAGAGUCCGACUGUGCGGGAUUGAAAAAGUCCAGUGAAGAGGAAUCAAAAUCGGCUUCCAUAAUAUCUGGGCAAAGAACCCUAGAGUGUGAAAAGUGCAAUUCAAUCAUCGGAAUGGAAGACCCUUCAGCAAACGGAUGGCGACUCCUUAAAGCAAAUGUAUCUCUGAACACGGGGAAAGACAGUGAGGAAUCAUGGACAACCCACUCAAUAGAGGUGAUCGUUGCAGCACAAUUGCUGGAACUGAUAGAGCGAGAGAGCGCCCGUCGCUUUGUCGUUCAUUGCGGAAAAACGAGUGGACUACUACUUUGGGUCUUCAAUCCACAUCUACGAUACUCCAAUUCCAGCUCUGGUCACAGCGUGAAUGACCAGCAGGCAAUGAAAGUUUUCUACCAGGAGAAGGAGGACGUUGAUAAGCUGCUUGCUCCUGAGAUCGGACAACCCAGCCCCCUCUCAGUCGAGGAGCUGGAAUUACCUUCGAUGAUUUUCCAAGCGCUGUCCGAUACGCUUCAUCGGAGUAGCCAGAUGCUACCCAUCUCGGCACGAAAGUUCAAUGAGUGGCAGGUUGGACUGCUGAGUCGGUUUAGUCGUGAAAAGGCAACUUCAACAUUGCAGCAAGCACAUACACCUUGA